AUGGACAAGAGAGACAAGGCCAGGGCAGGGGCCGCUGCGCGGACCACGGCUUCUCACCCUCCGGGCCGUCGGAAAGCCCCCAGGCCCCCAGCGUCUCCUCGACCCCCUCCACCAGUGACCCCCGCAGCCCUCCGAGUUCUGGGAGCAGCGGGAGCUGCGGGGCGAGGGCCCCUGGCCGAGCGAGCGGCCGGCAUCCGGGCAGCCGCUCUUCCUGAAGCUCCUCCCGCGGCGGAGCCCACGCGGAGCGCCAGGACAGGCCCCGGCAACCCAGCCACGAGGCCCGCAGCGGCGGGGAGAGGGGAGCGGACCCCUGCCAAGACCCCCGGCCCAGGCUCCAUCUCUAGCCCUGGACGAGCCAGCGGUACCACCAGGCUAGGCCCUCUGGGGCAGAAAGGACUCCGGCUCCCAGCGGAGGAACCGAGGGUCAGAGGAAAACCCCCAGAAACUCCCAGAACGACUGCCCUGAGUGUGGAGACGCGGAGAGACUCUUUCGGUUCCACCCCAGGCGCUCCCUUGCCAGCCAUCUCCCAUCGGUCUCGGGGUGGGGGUGCUGAUGUGGGGCUCCCUCGGGCAGCUUCGAAUGCCCGGCCACGACCCCUGGCGGAAGCCCCCAGGAAAUCAGUGAGCAAUGCCCCGGAGCGCAGCACCGUGGAGCCGAGCCCUGCGGCCAGGAGACGACCCAGCACCUGCGGGGGCGCCCAGAGGCCAGCCUCACGCCCCCUGGGCUCCAGCGCCACCCCGCUGUCCUCCCCAGCUCGCUCCCCGGCCUCGCUGGGUGCGACACCCCGGGCUCUGGGGCACUCCUCGCAGGCCAAGUCGAAAGGGCUGCAGGCUCUGCGUCCCCCACAGGCCGCACCCUCCAGGAAGGGCGCAGCCAGCCUGCAGAGCCUCUCUCCCCCUCUGGCCACUUCGUCUCCACGGGUUCAGACCGCACACCUGGCGCCGCCCAGCCUUAUCACAGCCACGGCUCUGCGGGACACACCCCUCACCUCUCCACCCACCACGCCUCCUUCCCAGGCCCCGGCGGGUCCUCUGGCCACGCCCUUCCCACUAGCUCCUCCCUCUGCUCCACUCUCUCCGCAGAACCUCCCCUCUCCGCCAGCCACACUCCCUCUGCAAGCUCCCCUCACACACCUGAGUGCAUCCUUCCCAGAGGCACCCGCCUCUCCCACGGCCACUCUUCCAGCUCCAGUCUCUCCUUCAGGCUCACCCCCUCUGCAGAGUACGUCCCCUACCCAGGUUCCUCCGGCUUUGCCCUCUCUGCCGUCUCUCCCCUCUCCCUUGACCACACCUCCUUUGUCAGCGGGUCUGCCGCCAGCCACGCCCCCUCUACCAGUCCCCCUUUCUCCCGCACAGUCUCUGCAGAACUUACCCUCUCCCUUAGCCACAGCCCCUCUGCAGGACUUUUCUGCGCUGACCGCUCCCCCCGCACUGGCCAGCCCUCUGUCUCCGCCCCAUCUUCAGCCCUCGGCCUGUACACUGGCCACACCUCCCACGCAGGACCCUCUUCUAGCCACACCCCCUCCGCAGGCUCCUCCUUCCUCACUGGCCACGCCCCCAAUGCAGACCCCACCUCUGGUCACGUCCCCUCUUCAGGCCGCUCCCUCUUUGGUCCUGCCUCUUCUACAGGCCCCACAUUUUCUGGCCUCACCAGCUUUGCAAGCCCCUCCCCUGGACGCGCCCCCUCCACAGAGUCCAUCUUCUCUGGACACACUUUCUCUACAGGCCCUUCCCUCUCCCCCCGCCUCACCCCCUCUUCAGACACCACGCCGCCCCCCAACCCCGGGUCCCGAUGCCCCGGUCCCGGGCCCACGGUUGACCCUGGCGCUGGCCUCGGCCCCGCCGCCGCCGCCCUCGCGCAGCCCGUCCAGCACUCUGAGCGGCCCGGACCUGGCGGGCCACAGCAGCAGCGCCACCAGCACUCCGGAGGAGCUGCGCGGCUACGACAGCGGGCCCGAGGGCGCCGCAGCCUCCCCACCCGCCGACGCGGAGCUCGCCGCCUGCCAUCCGGCCGCCUGGAGCCGAGGACCCGCUUCGGUCCGCGGCACCCCGGGAGUGCCCCUGCCCUGGCCUCCCGCCGCUGGGUCUGGCGCUGCUGACGGCCUGUGCACAAUCUACGAGGCUGAAAGGCCUGAGUCGGCGACCGCCGCCCCAGGAGCGCUGGAUCCCGGGCCCGGACCCGGCGCGGGUGGUGGGAAGGUGGCGGCCGGGACAGGGACGCGGGCGGCCUCGCGCAGCGUGAAGCCAGCGCGCCUGGGCGAGCUGCCACUGGGGGCUCUGCAGGCGAGCGUCGUGCAGCACCUGCUGAGCCGGACGCUGCUGUUAGCGGCGACGGAAGGGGCCACUGGCGACAGCGGCUGUGGCCCCGGAGGCGCUGGGGGUGGUGGCAGCGCGGGCGGCGCCCGGACUGCGCUCAGCGAUGCUGAACUGGGUCGCUGGGCAGAACUGUUGUCUCCUCUGGACGAGUCCCGCGCCAGUAUCACCUCCGUCACCAGCUUCUCCCCGGACGACGUGGCUUCCCCGCAGGGUGACUGGACCGUGGUGGAGGUGGAGACCUUCCACUGAGUCAGAUUCUUUUAACUCCGCCCACCACACUCCACCCCCCGCCUUAGCAUCCAUCCCUCCCGUUACACCUCUUGGUCUUAGACCCUGGUCCCCUCCUUCUGGAAUCCAGAUCUCCGUAGAAUUUUGGCCCAGGUUCGCGACCCACCCACACCUUUUGCCAAGGCCCUCCCCUCGAGCCCCGCUUCCUCCCUCAGCCUAGCCCCCAUCCCAUGUGUAUAGUUUGCAAUAAAGCCGGGAC